AUGAAUAGAGAAAGGCUGCAGAAAGUGCAGGCAGAAAUAAUCAGAUAUUUAGCAAUAGAGGAGGAAUUUUUGAAGCAGAAGGCAGGCAUGGCCUGGUUUAAAGAUGGGGACAGAAACACUAAAUUUUUCCAUGCACAAGUUAGAGGAAGAAGGAAAAGGUUACAAUUAAAAAGGAUUAAAGAUAGCAGGGGCACCUGGAUUGAAGAGCAAAAGGACAUUGCAGAAGCAGCAGUUGAAUUUUACAAGGAGCAAUUCAAUGAAUCUGUUGUCCCUUCAAAUUUCUAUAUAUUGGAUCAUGUUCCUAAAUUGAUAGAGGAGGGACAAAAUGAAAGGCUGGUAGCAGUUCCUACAAAAAAGGAGGUGAAAAGUGCAGUAUAUGGAUUAAAUGGUGACUCAGCAAGUGGUCCUGAUGGUUAUACAGGAGCAUUUUAUCACACAUGUUGGGACAUUAUUGGAGAGGACAUAUAUGAAAUGGUCCUAGCCUUUUUCAGUGGUCAGCAGCUGCCCAAAUGUGUCACUCAUACAAAUUUGGUGCUCCUACCAAAAAAGAAAGAGGUCAGUACAUUCUCAGAUCUUAGGCCAAUUAGCCUCAGUAAUUUCAUCAACAAGAUCUUUUCUAGAAUCAUUCACGAAAGGUUGGUGGACUUACUGCCUAAGAUAAUAUCUGAGGAGCAAGCAGGAUUUGUCAAGGGUAGGAGUAUAGUAGAGAAUGUGCUGUUAACUCAGGAAAUCAUAACUGAUAUUAGACUAAGAACAAGAGCAGGGCCUAAUGUUGUGAUUAAAUUGGAUAUGACAAAGGCUUAUGACGGGUUAUCAUGGCUAUUUCUUACUAAGAUGCUGAGGAAGUUUGGUUUUUGUGAAAGAUUUAUUGGGAUGAUCUUUGAUUUGGUAGGGAAUAAUUGGUACUCUAUUUUGAUCAAUGGUCAAUCUAAUGGAUUUUUCAAAUCAUCAAGGGGUGUCAAGCAGGGGGAUCCUCUAUCUCCAACUCUGUUCAUAAUAGCUGCUGAAGCUCUUUCAAGGGGUCUGAAUUCUCUCCACUCAAAAUUGUAUUUUUGUGGUUUUGGACUUCCCAAGUGGAGUCCAAAGAUAAACCAUCUUGCCUAUGCAGAUGAUACCAUUAUAUUUUGUUCAUCAGAUGCUACAUCUCUAAGGUUGGUAAUGGAAAUUCUGUAUCUCUAUGAAGCUGCCUCUGGGCAACUUAUAAAUAAGAGUAAAUCAGCUGUGUAUAUGCAUCAUUUAACUGAAAUUGAGGUGGUUAGAAAAGUUGAAAGGAUCACAGGUAUAGGGCAACAGGAAUUUCCAUUUACAUACCUAGGGUGUCCUAUCUUCUAUGCAAGAAGAAAAUUGGAGUAUUAUCAGCCUAUGAUUACCAAGAUAUUAGACAAGCUGCAGACAUGGAAAGGGAGGCUUUUAUCUAUAGGGGGAAGGGCUAUAUUGAUCUCCAGUGUUUUACAAAGUAUGCCAGUUCACCUUUUAUCAGCAGUAAAUCCCCCUAAUUAUGUCAUAAAUAGAUUACACAAAAUUUUUGCCCAAUUCUUUUGGAGUAGUGCUGUGGGUGGCAACAGUAGACAUUGGGCAUCCUGGAAUACUCUGUGUAUGCCAUAUGAAGAAGGAGGAAUAGGGUUCAGAUCUCUUCAUGAUGUGUCUAAGGCUCUUUUCUGUAAGCUGUGGUGGAACUUCAGGACUAAGCCAAGUCUUUGGAGUGCAUAUAUGAGCCAAAAGUACUGCAAGAAAUUAAAUGCAGUAAUAGUGCCAUGGAGGGAGGGGUCUCAUGUGUGGAGAAAGAUGCUUGAAUGCAGAGAUUUAAUUGAGCAUCAAAUCAUUUGGAAACUAAGAAUGGGGUCAUCAGUAUUCUGGUAUGACAACUGGACAGGUUUAGGGGCACUCUACUUUCUAGUGCCACCAGACUUUGGUAUAGAUGAGGAGAUACAUAAUGUAAAUGAGUUGGUGGAGAAUGGAGUUUGGAAUGCUGAGAGACUAAUGCAGAUUUUACCUGAUGAUUUAUCACAUCAUAUCUUGGAAAAUAUUAAGCCACCUGGUAAGGAAAAUGUACUGGAUUCCCCUUUUUGGUUGCUUGAAACAAAGGGUCACUUUACUGUGAAGACAGCAUGGGAGUACUUGAGAAGGAGAGACAAUCCAAGAACAGCAUAUCAGAAAAUAUGGGUGAGAGGUCUCCCCUUCAAAAUCUCAUUCUUUAUGUGGAAACUGUGGAAGGCUAAGCUACCAUUGGAUGACUUUAUGAAAAGGCUAGGCUAUUCUAUGCCUUCUAAAUGUUGGUGUUGUGCUUCACCUAAGGAAGAUUCACUGAUACACCUAUUUUUCUCUUCUAGAGCUGCUGAAGCUGUAUGGAAAUAUUUCCUGCAAAGAUCAGGCAUUGCUGUACAGGGGUUGACAUUACACCAAGCUAUCAUUAAAUGUUGGAUUGCACCUGUGGUGCAGAGGUUGAAGCCAAUCAUGCAGGCUUUACCAUCAUGCAUAGUGUGGGAACUUUGGAAGAGGAGGAACAGCCUGAAAUAUGGGGAUGCAGUCUCAGUGAGUAGAGUUAUUUACCAAGUAUCAACUAGCCUCCAAUACUUGGUAAAAUUAAGAAAGCCUGGACUAAGGGUACCUCAUAGAUGGAGUGAUUUACUAAUGAUGAUGGAAAACUACACACCUAGGCUCAAAUAUUACAAAGUGAUAUUGGAAUUUCCUCAACAGGGCUGGAUCAAAGUUAACACAGAUGGGGCAUCAAGAGGAAACCCAGGCAGGAGUGCCAUUGGUAAUUGUUUUAGAGAUGAGGCUGGAGAGGUAAGAUAUGCAAUGGGAAAGGAAAUUGCUGAAGGGUCAAAUAAUGAAGCUGAAGCUGUAGCAAUUCUGGAGGCUUUAAAGAUGUGCAGAGUUAGAAAUUAUUACCAAGUCUCGUUGCAAACUGACUCCAUGUUGAUGAAAAAACAUUAUAGAGAAAGCAUGGAAACCCCCUUGGACUAUUGUAGAUCGAAUGGAGGAGAUAAGGAAGUUAAUGGAAGGCUGCAGUAUCAGGAUAUCCCAUAUUUUUAG